CCAAAGUCCAAAACAAUCUUAAGCAAAACUUUCUUUUGAGUUUCUAUCUUUCAAAUCUAAAUGUGUAGUGCGAUAGAUACUCUGAGCCAAAGUCCCAAUGUCCAUGUCUCUCACUUCUCUUGCCACAUUGUCCUAAGCCACCACCAAACCACAUGUGUUGCUUGGAUUUUCCAUCAGUUAUAGCUUCACCAAUCGUCUCUAUUUCAUCGACCUCUCUCUAUAUAUAUAUUUAUUGCAUGUUUCAGACACUCUAUAAACAGCCAUUAACAAACUCAAACUAGCUCUUUCCGUUCUUUUGCAUGUUUUCUAGUCACUGCUGCAUAUAUCAUCCUCUCAUGAUCUUUGUGUGUGUCUGUGGUAAAUAUAUUUCUCUUUGUGGUAAAUGGGUAUUGGUUUUUCUUUGAAUUCUAACAGAGUUUGAUUUGGUUCUUGCUGUUUGAAGCUGUUGGGUUUCUGGGUUUUGAUUCAAUUCGGUUGUCUCACGCUGAUGGGUCCUAUUAGAGGGUUCAGAAAGAGGAAGAAGACAGAGAAGAAGCCUGAAGAAAAUGCUUCUGGUUCUGGGUCUUCGGAGAAGGAAGGUCCUGUGGAUUGGUGGGAUGAAUUUUUCAAGAGAAUUAAUGGUAUUCAAUCUCCAUCAAGCGGCUUAGAUAAGUUUGAAUCUAUUUUUAAGAUUUCCCGGAAGACCUUUGACUACAUAUGUUCACUUGUGAAGGAAGAUAUGAUGGCUAAGUCAGCACAUUUCGUGUUUUCAAAUGGCAAGCCUUUGUCUUUAUGCGAUCAAGUAGCUGUAGCUCUAAGAAGACUGAGCUCCGGUGAUUCACUUGUGACAAUUGGUGAUUUAUUUGGGCUAAACCACUCAACUGUCUCUCAAGUGACAUGGAGGUUCGUGGAAUCCAUGGAAGAAAGGGGGCUUCACCACUUGCAAUGGCCAUCGACAGAAGCAGAAAUGACAGAUGUCAAAUCCAAAUUUGAGAGAAUACGAGGCUUCCCUAAUUGUUGUGGUGUCAUUGACACUACCCAUAUUACGAUGUGUUUGCCUGCUUCAGACCCCACAAGUCAUUUGUGGCUCGAUCAUGAGAAGAAUCAUAGCAUGGUCGUGCAAGCAAUUGUGGACCCUGACAUGAAAUUCCGGGACAUAGUCACUGGAUGGCCAGGAAAAAUGAAGGAUUGGUUGGUAUUUCAGAGUUCAACUUUCUAUAAACUUUGUGACCAAGGUGAGAGGUUGAAUGGAAAGAAAGUAGAGCUCUCCAAAGGAACAGAAAUAAGGGAAUACAUAAUUGGUGAUUCAGGCUAUCCUUUACUACCCUAUCUUGUAAUUCCCUAUGAAGGGAAAGAUCUCUCGGACUCAAAAGCCGAGUUCAACAGGCGCCAUUCUGCAACCCGAGUGGUAGCACAGAGGGCGUUAGCGAGGUUGAAGGACAUGUGGAGGAUCAUUCAGGGAGUAAUGUGGAGACCAGACAAGCAUAGAUUGCCCAGGAUCAUUCUUGUUUGCUGCUUGCUUCAUAACAUUAUUAUCGACAUGGAAGAUGAAGUGCAGGACAGUAUGUCUUUGUCUCACAACCAUGACUCAGGUUAUCACCAACAAAUUUGUGGAACCGCCGACAUAAAUGGUGCUAAUCUGAGAGAUAAGCUGGCGCUCUACUUGUCUGGAAGGAUGCCUCCUUGAUUUAUUUUCCAUUUCUAAUAAAGAUUGUAGCCUUUUAUUUAUUAGUGUUUUUCUGACACGAGAUUAUACCUCUUGAAAAUUGUUAAAGGACUUUUGUUUCACAA